AUGCCUAGCCUUGAGAGAAGUCCUAGUCCCAAGUCCAGAGAAAGAUCCCCCCCUGCGGUUCACGAGGGAAACGCCAGGGCUCAAAGCUUCAACGAGCAACACCGGGACGCGAAAUUGACGUCUUUGCCACACAAGAAACCAGUUGUGUAUCAGUAUGACACGGGGAAAUUAGCAGGCGACCGUGGACCGACAAGAAACGCAGGAAUGCUGUAUCAGGACAGCAAAGCGUCCGUGACGCACAAUCCUGGCCCGGGCGUGCAUUUGGAGGGUCACAGUCACCCACAGAUCAUUCCUCCAGGGUUCGACGGCCAUCUGCAGGUCAAGGACUCGUAUCUCACGGGCCGAGCCUUACUGUAUUUUACGUCUGUUUUCGUGUCCCUCGGCGUGUUUCUGUUUGGAUACGAUCAGGGUGUCAUGUCUGGUGUCAUUACUGGACCUAUUUUUAAAGAGUAUUUCGACGACCCCUCGCGUGCGGCGAUCGGAAACAUGGUUUCGAUCCUGGAGAUUGGAGCAUUGAUCAGCUCUUUGAUGGUUGGACGUUUGGGUGAAAAAUGGGGUCGCAGACGUACAAUCAGGUACGGAUCGUUUGUGUUCAUUUUAGGUGGUCUUAUCCAGACUUCAGCACUGAAAAUGGCCCACCUGGUAGUGGGCAGAAUUAUUAGUGGUCUGGGGGUCGGGCUCUUGAGUACCAUCGUGCCCAUCUACCAGUCCGAGAUUUCCCCGCCACACAACAGAGGCAAGCUUGCUUGCAUCGAGUUCACAGGCAAUAUUGUUGGCUACUGCUCGAGCGUCUGGGUCGACUACGGGUGCUCUUUUAUCGAGAACAAUACAGCAUGGAGAUUGCCUUUGUUCAUUCAAUGUGUCAUGGGUUUCGGUUUGUUAAUGGGCUCUUUUGUCAUUGUCGAGACCCCAAGAUGGCUCCUUAAUCACGAUCAUGACGUUGAGGGGUUGAUAGUCAUCGCAGACUUGCAUAGUGAUGGCGACGUUCAGGAUUCUCGAGCCCACGAAGAGUUUCAAGCCAUCAAAGAAACUGUCUUGGUUUCUAGACUCGAGGGCGAAAAAAAAUCAUAUUCUUACGUGUUCAAACGCUACAGAAGCAGAAUGUUGAUUGCCAUGAGCUCUCAAAUGUUUGCACAACUGAACGGCAUUAAUGUCAUCUCUUACUACGCUCCAAUGGUCUUCGAGCAGGCAGGCUGGGUAGGUAGAGAUGCAAUUUUGAUGACCGGUAUCAAUAGUAUUAUCUAUGCUGCCUCAACUGUUUUUCCCUGGCACUUGGUUGACAAAUGGGGUCGCAAGCCCAUACUAUUGAUGGGUGGUAUGGUGAUGGGACUUUCUUUGGUUUCCAUCUCUGCAUCGCUCUACAUCAAUGUUGCUUUCACUCCUAACCUGGUUGUCAUUUUCGUUAUCAUCUUCAAUGCAUUUUUUGGUUUCAGCUGGGGUCCAAUCCCAUGGUUGUAUCCUGUCGAGAUUGCUCCUUUGUCUGCAAGAUCAGCGAUGGCAUCAGCUUCAACGGCCACAAACUGGCUCUGCAAUUGGCUAGUUGGAAUUAUGACACCAAUCUUGCAGGAAAAGAUCAAAUGGAGAUUGUAUUUGAUACACGCCGCGUCUUGCUUCCUAUCUUUCUGGUGUGUUUUGAGAGUGUAUCCAGAAACCGCUGGAUUGCGCUUGGAGGAUAUGGGAUCAGUUUUCGAUGACAAAUCUUCCACUUUUAGUUUCCACGGCUCCAUCACAGGAGUGGACGUUGAUACCGCAUCUCUCGCCAACUCGUCAAACGCUAAUCCGUCGUUGGCACGCAAACCCUUGAAUGCUCAACCGUCUCUUUUAGAUGGAAGCAAUCAAAACUUGAAUCCAUUGCAUCCUGCUGCCAGUCAGCACGAGUCAUUGUUGAACCAGCCACCGGUCACCAGCAGUGCACAAAGUGUCAUAUCCAAAAAAAGCAUAGCAAGCACUAACAUGUUGUCUGCGGAGGCGCUCGAUCCCCCAACCUUGCAGCAAGUCCUUGAGUUCAAGAAAGGGCAGCAAGAAGGUGGCAAUUUCCGGAAGUUGGUCAGAAGAGGCUCAGAGACAGUUGGGCUGAUUUACGAUCGGGUCGUGGGUUUGGGUAAAUCCUCGGACAAUGGCGCAUAUGGAACGCUGCCUGCGAAUGAUUCCGCAGGGUCCAGAAGCUGA